AUGGUUAUCGCAACUUGCGUGAUAGUAAACGUAAAAGGAUUCUCUGGACUCGGACAGAGCAACAUUUUCUUUCAAUUCGUGAAUCGUAUUGUAAUCGUCGUAUGGGCAUUUGUUCUAAUACUUUCUGAGAUCGGAUGGCCAAAGAGGAUUCACAAGUGGUUUCCGAUACUAGAUGAUUCUCAUAGCUGGUGGAAUCAACAGCGUCGAUUUCUUGGGCUACAGGUGGGUGUUUCAAGUGUGUCCGUAUUUUUGCCCGUUAUAUAUAUAUUUGUUCUUACGAAAGAUCAUAUUCCUUCUAGCCUACACGAGUUCAUCAUAAUACCUGGUUGGUUUGUAUUCGUGAUCGGAAUAAUCUAUGUGCUCCUUGGAUCAUUUGGGGGUGCUUCGCUGAAGGCAGAUCGUCGGAUUGUUUAA